AUGAGAUGCAGAUGUGAGAUGGAACAUGAGGUAAAUGAGGACACAAAUAUGGACGUACAGGAGGUGAUGGGAGAUACUGCAACUGAGCAUUUAAAUGAUUCACUGCGGCAGACUCAAGGAAAGGAAGAUGAACAGGACAAUGAGGAAGAGGAGGAAACCAACAAAGAUGAGAAUGAAGAAAAGAACAAAGAUGGAGAACAAGGAAUGGAGACGGGAGAAGGAGUAGACAAAGAGGAAAUAAAUCUGAUUAACAAAGACUUUUCUAAGGAAAAGGAAGAAGUGGACACGACUGGGAUGGACUAUGAAAAAGGUCAAGAAAAGGAUGAGGAUAAGGGAAUGAAGAUACUGCCGGAGGUAAAGUUUCCAAAAGAAGUGACAUCUUUGCCAUAUAAUACCAGGUUCAUGACUGAAGAAGGAGUGCAGUACUACAGAGUGAUUCAUGACAACCAAUUGAAGACAUGCAGGAUCUGUGGGCAUUAUGCGCGGGACUGCAAAGUCCCACGGUGCCAAGGCUGCGACAAAGCAAUCAUGAGAUGCAGAUGUGAGAUGGAACAUGAGGUAAAUGAGGACACAAAUAUGGACGUACAGGAGGUGAUGGGAGAUACUGCAACUGAGCAUUUAAAUGAUUCACUGCGGCAGACUCAAGGAAAGGAAGAUGAACAGGACAAUGAGGAAGAGGAGGAAACCAACAAAGAUGAGAAUGAAGAAAAGAACAAAGAUGGAGAACAAGGAAUGGAGACGGGAGAAGGAGUAGACAAAGAGGAAAUAAAUCUGAUUAACAAAGACUUUUCUAAGGAAAAGGAAGAAGUGGACACGACUGGGAUGGACUAUGAAAAAGGUCAAGAAAAGGAUGAGGAUAAGGGAAUGAAGAUACUGCCGGAGGAGGUGAUGGGAGAUACUGCAACUGAGCAUUUAAAUGAUUCACUGCGGCAGACUCAAGGAAAGGAAGAUGAACAGGACAAUGAGGAAGAGGAGGAAACCAACAAAGAUGAGAAUGAAGAAAAGAACAAAGAUGGAGAACAAGGAAUGGAGACGGGAGAAGGAGUAGACAAAGAGGAAAUAAAUCUGAUUAACAAAGACUUUUCUAAGGAAAAGGAAGAAGUGGACACGACUGGGAUGGACUAUGAAAAAGGUCAAGAAAAGGAUGAGGAUAAGGGAAUGAAGAUACUGCCGGAGGAGGUGAUGGGAGAUACUGCAACUGAGCAUUUAAAUGAUUCACUGCGGCAGACUCAAGGAAAGGAAGAUGAACAGGACAAUGAGGAAGAGGAGGAAACCAACAAAGAUGAGAAUGAAGAAAAGAACAAAGAUGGAGAACAAGGAAUGGAGACGGGAGAAGGAGUAGACAAAGAGGAAAUAAAUCUGAUUAACAAAGACUUUUCUAAGGAAAAGGAAGAAGUGGACACGACUGGGAUGGACUAUGAAAAAGGUCAAGAAAAGGAUGAGGAUAAGGGAAUGAAGAUACUGCCGGAGGAGGUGAUGGGAGAUACUGCAACUGAGCAUUUAAAUGAUUCAAUGCGGCAGACUCAAGGAAAGGAAGAUGAACAGGACAAUGAGGAAGAGGAGGAAACCAACAAAGAUGAGAAUGAAGAAAAGAACAAAGAUGGAGAACAAGGAAUGGAGACGGGAGAAGGAGUAGACAAAGAGGAAAUAAAUCUGAUUAACAAAGACUUUUCUAAGGAAAAGGAAGAAGUGGACACGACUGGGAUGGACUAUGAAAAAGGUCAAGAAAAGGAUGAGGAUAAGGGAAUGAAGAUACUGCCGGAG